GUUUCAGAGGACGAGCUGAGCCUGCUGGUCAUCAUCGUGGACACCAACCCCAUCUGGUGGGGCAAGAGGGCGCAGGGAGAGGCCGAGUUCACCCUGUCGAAGUGCCUCGACGCGGCGAUGGUGCUGGGAAACUCGCACUUGUUCAUGAGCCGCAACAACAGGCUGGCCGUCAUCGCGAGCCACACGCAGGAGAGUCGUUUCUUGUAUCCCGGGAAGCGCUGGACUCGUGCAGAUCUCCUCGGAGAUGGUGCUGGUCUUCUGGAAUCUAAUUGCCCGGGCAGCAAAGAUGGGAAAUAUGAAUUGUUAACGGCAAUAAAUGAUGCAAUCACAGAGGAGGUUAAAGACCUCAUGACAAAAACUGAAAUGAAGGGCCAGCAAACUGAAACUCUGUUGGCAGGAUCACUUGCUAAAGCACUAUGUUAUAUUAACAAGAUGAGCAAAGAGGUAAUGAAAGGCAAUCAAGAAAUUAGAUCAAGAAUUCUGGUCAUAAAAGCUGCAGAAGACAGUGCACUGCAAUAUAUGAAUUUCAUGAAUGUGAUCUUCGCAGCACAAAAACAGAGCAUUUUGAUUGAUGCCUGUGUCUUGGACUCUGAUUCAGGACUUCUGCAACAGGCUUGUGACAUUACAGGUGGCAUAUACUUAAAAGUGCUCCACAUGCCAUCCCUUCUGCAGUAUUUGCUGUGGGUAUUUCUCCCUGAUCAAGAGCAAAGAGCGCAACUUGUCCUUCCACCUCCAAUACAUGUUGACUAUAGAGCUGCUUGUUUCUGUCAUCGAAAUCUCAUUGAAAUCGGAUAUGUCUGCUCUGUGUGCUUGUCCAUAUUUUGCAACUUCAGUCCUAUUUGUAGUACAUGCGAGACUGCUUUCAAAAUAUCAUUGCCGCCUGUCAUGAAAGCUAAGAAGAAGAAAUUAAAGUUAGCUGUGUAACAUCAUUAUGUGAACACGUGAUUACCUCCUGCAGUAAUUCCAUGCAAUGGAAUAUACCUAACAGAUUGAUGGCACUUUUUAUUGAGUAUGAAAGAGAACUGUACAGUGUUAUUGUUUGUUUCUUAGGGACAAAUAUUUAAAUCAUGUAUUUCCUACAUAGCCCUCUUAAGUAAGAAAUCACUGUGUUAACAUGUAUACUGUGCUUAGUUGUAAAUAGGAAACAGAAGAUGCAGCUUGUUUAAGAUCCAUAACCUUGUGUAGUAAAAGGUCACUGCAGUUUUUCAUGUUUCUGGGUUAGUUUCAGAAACGAGAAGCUCUGACUACAAUUGUAUGUUUAUAUAAAGGUAAGCGUGACCGUUCCUGGAGGAUAGGAUCAAAGCCUUAGCGUUAUAUUCAGGGACUUCAGCUUUCUGCUGGGUUUUGCUGCCAGAUUUGAGGACUGGAAUAGGAUCAUUUUCAAAAUAAAUGAGCAAGAAAUUUCAAGAUGAUUUAGAACCCACUUUCUUUUUGAAAGAUGUUAAUUUGAUUCUCUUAUAUGCACACGUCCAUGUAUUUUUAUAUUCAUUUAUCCUCUUGGUAGUACUGUCUUUGUGAUGCCCCUCCACCUUUUUUUUUUUUUUUCCCCCUUAUUUGAUGUUUCCUUCAAAAUGUAAACAUUCACUAGAACAAUACCUAAUGAAGUUCAGUAACAGAAAACUUUUUCAUUCAUGAAAAAGGACCUUUUUGUUUAGAAUAGUUUCAACAAAUGCAAACCAGAUGUUUAGUCUUUUCCAUUUUUAAAAUACAAUCAUAAACAGAAAAUGUAACAUUAGAGUAUGACAGCAGAUUUCUCAGACAGCAGAUUUGUAACUAUCCCAUGACUUUACCUCUGGCAUUUGACAGGCUAGUAGGAAGACUUAUUAUUUGUUUUGUAUUGGUGCUCUUUAUAUGCCAAAAGAUAAGGGUACGCUGCCUGAUUUUUUUUCAAACAUUGCUUUAGUUAUUAAAAAAAACUUUUUAGUAACUGCAGAAUUUCAUCUUUUAGCAAGUAGCCAAUAACUGAAGUUCUCCUGAAAGGUAUAAGGGGAAGAAGUGUUUCCUACAUAGGAAAAGAUUAUAUGUAUAUUUUUUCAAGGUGUACACAGGAAUUUAUGUAAAUGUCUUGCUCCUUGCAUCAGGUUUCUAUCUGUGUAAGUGCAAAUCCUUUAUUAGGGUGUUUAACUGCUGGAUGCCACGUUGAGGACUGUAUUUAUAAUUUGCUUUGUAUAAACCAUUUGUAAUAAAAGAUUUUUUUUUUCGAGUA